AUGCCAGCUUCUUCAGAGAGUCCCAUACCAUCUGGGUGUAACGUGUUUAUAUCAUGUCCAGAGAGCCUGAUGAUCAUUGAAUUUGUUUUUGGUGGCCUAGUUUGGAUCCUUGUGGCUUCUUCUAAAAUUCCGUUUCCACCAUACCAAGCCUGGUUGAUGUUUGUAUCGGUCUUCUGCUUUGUUAUAACUACUUGUCUGUUCAUGUUCUACAUGUGCAGAGUUCAGGGCUGUUUAUUCUCAUUGACUGGACUGGAUGUCUUCUACCACUUUUUUGCAGCUAUGUUAUAUUUAAGUGCUGCAAUCAUGGAAGUUAGAGACACACAUACUAUUUUUGCUGUGCCCAAUUCUGAACUGUACAAAUUCAACAUUUCUGCUUCAGUGUUUGCAUUUCUGGCUACCUUUCUAUACACAGUACAUGCGAUAGUAUCGAUCCGUAGAUGGAAAUCUGCUUCAUGA